AUGGCACGGCCGGUUAAGAGGCAACAAGUAGCACAAGGAGCACAAGGAGCACAAGGAGCACAAGAUGACAUUAAGGAGGAAUACCUUUUGGCUUUCAUUCUGAAGGAGAAAUAUAAAGAAAAACAACAAUGCAAACAAGAACUCGAGAAAUAUUGUAAAGAGUUGAAGGAAGCAGAUGAGAAUUUCAAAGUGAAUAAAAAAGUUAAAGGACUAUGUGAAGAGAAAGAUAAAAAAUGCACAGACCUGAAAGUUGAAGAUGAAUUGGACACUUUUGAUGCGGAACUUGAAGGAGCAUUGGCAGAUAUAAAAGAUGAAGAAUGUGAAAAAUAUGAAGAAAAAUGUAUACUUUUAGAAGAGACGGAUCAUGAAGAUAUUAAGAAGAACUGUGUCAAGUUGAGGGAAGAAUGUUACAAAUUGAAGCGUGAAAAGGUGGCAGAGGAGCUCCUUUUGAGGGCGCUCGGAAAGGAAGCUAAAGAAGAAGCUAAAUGUAAAGAAAAGAUAAAAAAUGUUUGCUCAGUGUUAAGCCGAGAAAGCGACGAGUUGAUGUCUUUUUGCCUUGAUCCAACUAAAACAUGUGAAACGUUGAAAAAAAAAUCAGAAGAAGUUUGCAACCUUUUGAAAACAAAAUUGGAUGGGAAAAGUUCAGAAAAGUGUCAUGAAAGACUUGAGAAAUGUCAUUUUUACAAAGAAGCGUGUACUGAAACAAAGUGUGAUGAGGAUAUGAAGCAAUGCGAGGCAAAAAAAAUCACAUAUAAAGCGCCGGAAUCUGAUUUUAGUCCGGUGAAACCGAAGGCGUCGUUGUUGAGAAGUAUUGGGUUGGAAGAUGUUUAUAAAAGAGCUGAAAAAGAAGGAAUUCUUAUUGGAAAAGUAGGCGUGGAUCUACCAAGAAGGUUUGGUGAUGAUUUUCUGCAAGAUCUCUUGCUAGUGUUGAGCCAAGAUGAGGAUAAGACGGAUGCAACAAGUAAAUGCACUAAAGCGUUAGGAAAAUGUGAUGCUUCUAAGCAUUUGGAUGAUGAUUUGAAAAAGUUAUGCGAAGAUGGUGAUAAUGAUAAACAAAAGAAAUGCAAAGAAUUACUAGAUGUAAAUGUAAAAGAAAGAUGUACACAUCUCAAAUUAAAUCUUUAUCUGAAAGAUUUGUCUACAAAAUAUGAUAAUCAAAAAUCAGAACUUUUAUUCUGGAGAGAACUGCCAACCUUAUUUACAAAGGGAGAGUGUGCAGAACUUGAGUCGGAAUGUUUUUAUUUAAAAAAGGCGUGUAAAGAUAAGGAGAUUGAUGAAGCAUGUCAAAAUGCACGAGCAGCGUGCUAUAAAAAAGGACAAUAUAGGAUGUUGAAUAUGCUCUUUCGAGAGGGGUUGAAGGGGAAUUCUGAACAUAUAAGAAAUUAUAAUAUUCCUGAAGAAUGCAAAAAAUUUGUUGCAGAAGAGUGUAAAAAACUUGAUAAAAAAUACCUUCCAAAAUGUCUUUAUCCUAAAGAAUUAUGUUAUCUGCUUUCAGAUGAUGUUUUCCUUCAAUCCAAAGAGUUAGGUGUGCUUUUGGAUGAUCGGAGAGAUUUUCCAUUUGAAAAGGAUUGUCUUGAGUUGGAGGAGAAGUGUGGUGAACUUGAAACUUAUUCAUAUUUCAAUUCUCAAAAGUGUAUAACAUUGAGAAGGCGCUGUGAAUACAUUAGAGUUUCAGAGGGAUUUAGAAAUGUAUUUUUAGAAAGAAAAGAUCAUUCAUUAUAUAAUGAGCAAAAUUGUACGGAGGUGUUGCAAGAAAAAUGUAAUACUUUAUAUAGGAGGAGAAAGAAUCCAUUUACUGUUUCAUGUGCUUUAGCAGGAGAAACAUGUGAAUAUAUGGUAGGCCGUACAAAAGAUGAAUGUAGAUAUUUAAAAGUCAACAUCAAAAAUGAAGAAAUUCUACAAGAAAUUGGAAAAGCAAAUGAAACAGCACUUGAAGAACUCUGGACAACAUGGGGCCGACAUUGUCACCAACUUAUGGAGAAUUGUCCGGAGCAGUUGAAAAAAGAAGGUGAUAAAGAUCAUAACUGUGAAGAACUCGAAGAAAAAUGCACUAAAACCUUUGAAAAGUUGAAAUUAGAGGAGGAGCUGAGUCAUAUGUUGAAAGGAAGUUUAAAGAGUGAAGAUGAAUGUAAAAAAACAUUAGGAGAGCGUUGCACUGAGUUGGAAAAGAAUGAUACAUUCAAAAUUCUGCUUACUAAGUGUGAUGAUACUACCAAGGGAAAUGUUUGCGAAGAAUUAGUUGAAAAACUAAAAAAGAGAUGUCCAACUUUAAAAGACGAUAUGGAGAAUGCGAAAAAAGAGUUGACAAAGAUGAAGAAUGAGUACGAUGAGCUCAAAAAGGCGGCAGAAAAAUCUACAGAGGCAGCUAAGUUAUUACUAUCAAGGCCUAAAAAAGCCGUAACACCAAGUGGACAGGAUAGCAGUGAUUCUACACCACCAUCAGCACCAGCAGGAUCAGGGUCGUCAUCACCAGCAUCACCACCACAAAAUGGAACAUCAGAUACAUCAAGUGGAACGCCAAGCACAGAAGGUGGAAAGCCAGGUGCACCAGAUGGAACGACGAACACAUCAGGCACACCAAGUGGAACCCAAGACACAGCAGGUGGAAUGACGAACAAUCCAAGCCUUGGACUCGUUAAAAGAGCGUAUGUAGCCGAAGGCGUAUCAGAAGCAGAGGUCAAAGCAUUUGAUGCAACGACGAUAGCAAUGGAGUUGUAUUUGGAAUUGAAAGAGGAAUGCAGCGCUUUACAACUAGAUUGCAGUUUUAGAGAUGAUUGUUCAGAUCUUCAAGUUUGUGGAGAAAUAGACACGUUAUGCGGAGGAAUAAAACCAUUAAAAGUUACGCCUCAUCAUACAGAGACACAAAAAGAAACCUCAACCACUACGACGACCACUACGACGACCACUACCACAACUACUACCACGACUACGACGACAACUACUACUACAACCAAGCCGGGAAGUGGAGGAAAAGUAACAGAAGAGUGUACAAUGAUACAGACGACAGAUACAUGGGUGACGAGUACGUCAUUGCAUACGAGUACGACAACGAGUACAUCGACAGUGACGUCUACAGUGACGUUGACGUCGAUGCGCAAGUGCAAGCCUACCAAAUGUACCACCGAUUCAACCAAAGAGACAGAAGAAGGAGGAAAAGAAGGAGAAGAAGAUGUAAAACCGAAUGAGGGAAUGAAAAUAAGAGUUCCUGAUAUGAUUAAAAUAAUGUUGUUGGGAGUGAUUGUUAUGGGGAUGAUGUAA